AUGUCACAGCCACCAGACCUCACCUUCUCGAGCUUUCCCGCACCCAGCAAGUCACACAGCAACACCAUCGCUGGCAUUCCCACCCAAAUAACCGCCCUAAACUUCGCCGACAAGCUCGUCCUCACAGUUUCUCAAUCCGGCCGUUUGAACCACUGGCUCCAUGUUCCUCUUGCUGGAGGUCGCCCUCUAGACAACGGUUUCCUGAAUCCAUCCUCCGAGACCGAUGUUGAUGCGAGUCUGUUGCCGUUUGCGCAUUUGACGGCGACCACCGUGUUAGGAGGCACAAGAGGAGAGUUUGAGGUACUGGGACAGACGUUGGCGACAACGCUUGCUACGGCGCUGUUGAUGAGAAAUCCUGAAGAGCAGAGGAUGCUUGUGGUGGGCUUGGGCUUGGAGAAGGCUGAUCAGGGAAGAGAGGCUUUUGAUGAGUUGAUCGGAGCUUGUCUGGAGUGUCUGUGA